AUGGUCAUUGCUCAUAUAAUUCCAGUUAAUGAUGAGUUUCCAGCUCCGAAUCCUUCUGACCUUGAUUUAUGGCAGCGACUUGAUGACAUUGUUCGACAAUGGAGUUAUGGUACGAUCUCUAAUGAACUUCCGAACUCCAUUAUUGAUCCCGAUGACAAGGCGAUUGAUACAUGGCAACGUCUUGAAAAUUUCUUCCAUUACAACAAGUCUGCAAGAGCAUUGAAUCUCGAUGCACAAUUUACGAACACCAAGCUUGAGCAUUCUGAUGGUGUUAAAUCUCAUUGCACACGUCUUACGACCCUUGCUGAUAGUUUGAAGAACGUGGGUGAUAGGGUGUCCGAUAAUCGAAUGGCACUUCAAUUAUUAAGAGGGCCCUCUGAGGACUACAAGCCCUUUCAACAAGGUAAUGCAUCUGACCUCACUACUGAAGCACAUGACGAGGUGCAUGUUGCUAAAACUACCCCACCGGGUCCGAACCCAUCAUUUGAAUCCUCCUAG